GCACAAGUUGAAAUUAUAAAGCAAGCAAGAAUAGAGAGAAAAGAAAGAAAGAGGGGAAGAAAAUCUGUCAACGCCAAUAAAAAACGCCCACACAGACAAAUGCGUGCAGUUGAUUUAUGCAACGAGCUAAUUAAUUAAUUGUCACUUUCUCAACAAACAAACAGAGCAACAAAGGCGAGAACAACAACAACAGCAACAGCAACAAUUGCAGUUCAUUGAUCUAGAGAGACAACACUUCCAUUGCGCAGUUGCUACGUUUUUUUUCGUUUUGAAUAAAGAAAAAACUUCAGUCACGACUUGAAGUUCAAAGUGCGCAACAAACAACAAUUACACAACUACAAUUGCAACAACAACAAUAACAACAACAACAGUAACAAACAGCCACAACAUGUCCAACACCUGCCAAAGCUACGCAUCCGUGUUCAUAGUCCUAGGCACAAUCCUGUCCAUUCUGGGGGCAGCACAGAUGGCGCCUGUUUCAACAACAACACAAGCUGAGAUGUAUCUCUCACAGUUUGGCUAUCUGCCCGCCUCAGCGCGUAAUCCGGCCAGCAGCGGACUGCAGGAUAAGCACACAUGGGUCAGCGCCAUCGAGGAGUUCCAGAGCUUUGCCGGCUUGAAUAUCACCGGCGAACUGGACGAGGAGACUCUAAAGCUGAUGUCAUUGCCACGUUGCGGUGUCAGAGAUCGCGUGGGCACUGGAGAUAGUCGGGCAAAGCGUUAUGCUCUACAGGGCAGUCGCUGGCGGGUGAAGAAUCUCACCUACAAGAUCUCCAAGUAUCCCAAGCGCUUGAAGCGCAACGAUGUCGAUGCCGAAAUCGCGCGCGCCUUUGCCGUCUGGAGCGAGGACACCGAUCUAACUUUCACCAGGAAGACAUCGGGACCCGUGCAUAUUGAGAUUAAAUUCGUUGAGAGCGAGCAUGGUGAUGGCGAUGCCUUCGAUGGACAAGGCGGCACUUUGGCUCACGCCUUCUUCCCCGUCUUUGGCGGCGAUGCUCAUUUUGAUGAUGCGGAACUCUGGACCAUAGGCUCGCCACGUGGCACCAAUCUCUUCCAGGUAGCUGCUCACGAAUUCGGCCACUCCUUGGGACUGUCGCAUUCGGAUCAGAGCUCAGCUCUGAUGGCGCCCUUCUAUCGCGGCUUUGAGCCUGUCUUCAAGCUGGAUGAGGACGACAAGGCGGCUAUACAAUCGCUCUACGGACGCAAAACCAAUCAGUACACGCCCACCAACGCCUACCCGCCUAGCACACACCGACCCUCGUAUACGCCACCGAAGGUGCCGCUGGACGACUCCAUUUGCAAGGACUCCAAGAUCGACACCGUGUUCAACUCGGCGCAUGGCGAGACCUUCGCCUUCAAGGGCGACAAGUACUACAAGCUGACGACGGACUCCGUGGAGGAGGGCUACCCACAACUCAUAUCGAAGGGCUGGCCCGGACUGCCCGGCAACAUCGAUGCAGCCUUUACGUACAAGAAUGGCAAGACCUACUUCUUCAAGGGUACUCAGUACUGGCGCUACCAGGGCAGCCAAAUGGAUGGCGCAUAUCCCAAGGAGAUUAGCGAAGGCUUCACUGGCAUUCCGGAUCACCUGGAUGCGGCUAUGGUCUGGGGCGGCAACGGCAAGAUCUACUUCUUCAAGGGCAGCAAGUUCUGGCGAUUCGAUCCGGCUAAGCGACCGCCCGUUAAGGCCAGCUACCCCAAGCCCAUCUCCAACUGGGAGGGCGUGCCAAACAAUCUGGAUGCGGCGCUCAAAUACACAAAUGGCUACACGUACUUCUUCAAGGGCGACAAGUACUAUCGCUUCCACGACGCACGCUUCGCGGUGGAUACGGCAACGCCGCCUUUCCCAAGGCCCACGGCGCACUGGUGGUUCGGCUGCAAGAAUACGCCCUCAUCGACAGGUAAUAUUGUUGAAGAUGUUGCUGAGUCUGAGCAGCGAUCACAGCUGAAUGCCAAUGAUGGUAAUGGUGAUAGUAGUGACCUGGACGCAGCUGUCGGUGAUAACCAGUCCAAUGACGAACCCUUCGAACCGGAAAUGGCGGAACGCACCGGUUCCGGUGCGAAGUCCCUUCAGCUAACAAGCAAUUCUGCUGCCAGCGUGCUGUUCAGCACCUUCCUGCUCUGCUGCCUAUCCAAAUUUAUAAUUAGCUAAAAUCGAUUUGAGCCUAGUGGGGAAUAUUACAUAAAACUAUCCGAAGAUAUUAUAUAAAAUAUUUGGUUCUUAGUCGUUUUCAAAAUUUUGCAAAUACAGUUUUUUGCGGGCUACCAAAAAAAAUUAAGAUUUGUCAAUUCAAAUUACAAGAAAUGAGCUACAUAUAGAUGCAUAUAUAUGUAAGUAAGUAUAUAUGAAUAUCAUGUAAAACAGGUGCCUUAAAAUCGUUGUUUUGUAAAUACAAAAUGAAAGAGAAAAAUUAAUAUAAAUCAGCAUUAAAUGUAACUUAAAUUAAUUCUUAAAUAGUUAACAUUCCAAAAAAGAGCAAAACAGGAGAUCAGGAUCAUAUCAUAAAUCUAUAUAAAUAUAUAUAUAGACUACCAUACAACGAGUAUAUUAUGUAACUUAAAGAUGACAAUUUGCGAUAUUAACUAUAGCGAGCCAUAUGAAAAAAAACAAAAAAAAAAAAAAA